UGUCAGCUUGGACGACAACGAUAUUAAGAUUGAAAUUAGACCGUAUCCAAUAUGUCAGCGCCCAGGCAAUCUUGUUUAUUUAUUUUGAGUUCUUCAAAUGAAGGAGUCACUGCACAGUCAUUCCUGCAAGCGUACAAUAUCAUCUCAUCAAAUUUUAGUGUCCAGUUGGCAUCACCAGGUGGAAAGCAUAUAGAAUACAUAAACCAGGAAGAAAAUAGCAGGAGAUGGUUUAACGAGUUCCGAGCCAAGUCAAACUCAAACCCUAUAGCCCUAGAGACAGUGGACGCUGCUAGGUAUACAGCAUUAGUGAUACCAGACAGCCCAGGAGCAACCAGGGAUCUUCAUACUGACACAGAUCUUAAACAAAUUCUCCAACAUUUUGUAAAAGAAAAAAAGCCAAUAUGUGCAAUAGGAAUGGGUGUGGCAGGUUUAUUCCCUGCCUUAGGUAAAGAUGGUCACUGGUGUUUUGAGGAUUACAGUAUGACCUGUACGUCAGUGUUUGAACUUGCAAGGAAUGCAGAUUUUCCAAGCUUACCUGUGAUUCCAGAAGAAUUUAUCAGAGAUAAUUGUGCCAAAUAUAGCUGUAGUGGGGAGGUGGACUCAGUCCAUGUUAUAAUAGACAGACAUUUAAUCACUGGACAGAACCAACAGUCAACAAUAACAGCAGUUCAAAAUCUUAUUCUUAUGUGUAGCCAGAACUCAGUUAAUUCAUCUUAAAUUCUACAGAAAUACUGGAAGGCUGUCGCCACGUGUAUAAUGAACAGUUAUGUAUUGUGACAAAUAGAUGACACGUGUGUGUUAUGGACAAACUGUAUUACAUGCCACGAAAUGAUCCAUUUCGUUAUUCAAAGGAAACAAAGUUUUUGUUUUUGAUGUCGUUUCUGUUGUUAUGUAAUAGGAUAGUGUUUAUGAAUGGAAACAAUUAACUUAAGGUUAUUGUGAUAGUGUAAAUUGGUUGUAUCAUAGAAAAACUAGAAAUGAACACCUCAAUAUUUUGAUUUUAUUCUUUAUUACAACAACGCAAAAAUGUGUGAGUUUUAAAUUUUCCGGUCAUACAAUUACUAAUACUGAUUUUAAAUGUUAGCGUAGAAUCAUGAUGACUGUAUUAAGCCACUGGUAAAGAUCCUCGAAGACCAUCUUGUACGUAAGAACAGUACCACUAGACCCAAUUCUGUUGGCUGGGUCACGUUUAGCAAGAAUUAAACCUUUUUUGUAUUAAGAAAUUUACAACAAACAAACGUUAAAUAAAGUUGUAAUAUUGUUUGUAAAAGGUAAAAGUACAUGAUUUAUCAUUUCAUAUUUUAGACGUUAUUGUGAAACCCAAUAAUUGGAUUUGCAUAUAAUAAAUGACCAGGCGAGUAAGAGGCAUAUAAUUUAAAUUUGUUUCAUUAUCACUUUUGAACUUUAAAUAUAACAGUUAAAUACGUUACUUUAUGUUUUUAUAUGGUAAAUAUUUGUUAUUAACAAAUGAAAUAUUAUUUAAGAAAAUUUUGCAAAAAAUGAGAACUAAGAUGAACAAGGCAGGCAACCGACAUUCACAGAAUGUAGACCCCAGCACAACCAAGCCAAACUGGCAGGGCAGUUAUAUUUUGCGGACUAGUUUUCUUUAGAAUUCGCAAUUUAAAUGUCGGCAUCACUCGCACAAAAAUUGAUAGAAAAUAUUCAGUAAAGUAGCAUCCGCUAAUUUUCUGGAUAAAUAGUAAGUAAUAAUCAAAGAAUUUGUUUUGCAAAAUUUUUUUUUCCAAAACAUUGUGUUACUUUAGAAUACAUUUUUAGAAGUGUAACUUAAAAAUGUUUUUCUUGGAUAAGUUCGCUUUAAUAACAGUCUAUAUAAUUUGCUUCUUUAGAACGGUUUUGUAAUGCGUAAAUCAUGUAAAUUGUGGCAUUGGAUUGAUCCACUUUCAGGAGACAAAGUAAAAUACAAAGGAUAUUGUGAUAUUUUCUCUUAAUCUAUGUUCAUUUCUCCUGACAAUGACUUAUUGAAUUAGUUAAUUAUUCAUAAUAAAUUAAAUUCUUUUGGACCGAACGGCGCUAAUUUGUUUCACUGGCUUUUUGUUAAUGAAGUCUUAUGUUAGGUAAUUUAUUAUUCUGCUUGAACAUCAAAUUGUAAAAAUUAAUGCAAACUAAAGGUGAAUACCGGUUACUGCAUUACUUAUCGGGUAGUUAAAAGUAAUUGAAACAACACUCUUCCAGCGUUUUCUUCAACCUUCAUCACAAGACAAUUUUAAAGUCCAUAUAAAUUAUGAAGAACUGUUGGAAAAGGUUUAUUCACGGUGGCAAGUGGUAUUCUAAGAAGCGUUGUGAGCGUAACAUGUUCUGAACACGAAUUAUGUAUAAAUUCGAUCAUUCACAUUUUCUGGACAGUAAACUGUAAAUUUA